CUGCCGAGUACCGAUGGUUCUAUAGUACGGGUGAGGAUUUUAAUCUCUGGCCGCCAGGACUGUUAAUUUGGGGUUUAGGGUAAAUAGGAAAUAGGGGAUAGAGGGGUAACGAGCGUGCAGCGGUAUUUACUUUCCCUUUUUUUAAUUGUAAGACUUUGACUAGUUGUCCGAAGUGACAAAUUAACAAUGGAAAAUAAAAAAGUGGAUGCGCCAGGCCUGCUGUAGUAGCUAUAAUAAUAGGAAACUAGCAGCUAACGUUAGCAGCAGGACAGGAACAGCACGAAACAUCUGCAGCCGAUUCCAACGCUUGAGGGACACGGACCUGAGGGUGACAGAGCCUCUUGCGAGGUCCGGUUGAUAGCAUUAGCUCGCUAACGUUAACCAUCAUAACAGAUUGAGUGACUGGCAACAAGAUAAGAAUAUGAAAGUCUAGCUCGCUAGGUCCCACGAUUAUGAAUGUGCAAUAAAGUGUUUAACGUUACUGUCUGUUAGUUUUCCGUCUUGUGGAAGAAAAAAGGAAGUUGGAAACGCGUUGGCUAGCUAGCCUGCUAGCUACUUCAGGACCAGUAUCGAAAUAGCUAGCUAACGAACGAACACUGCGCUCCUCUUCGAAGUUAAAAUAAGACUGAAAAGCAAGAGUUCUUACUCAAGACAAUCCGAAAUUAACUUUGGUGGAUUUAAUGCGAUUCUUUGUUCUGAUUUGCUGGAAAGACUUAACUUCGCUAAUAAGGCAAAUCUACGGAAUACACAGAACCAACAAUGGGGGAAAAUGACAACAUGGACUAUUUUUACCAGCAAGUACUACAGAAGGACGUGACUCGGCGGCUGCAGGUUGGCCAGGAUCUGAUUGACUACCUCAACGAUCCGCAUAGGUCGUCUGAUGUCGACCAGGAAAAACCUCGUUUGGAUAAAACUAUUGAUGAGCUAACGGGAUGGGUAAAUGCAAGCAAUUAUAAGGUGGCGUUGCUGGGCCUGGACAUUGUCAGUGCAUUCAUAGACCGCCUGGCAGAACGCUUCAAAGGAUAUGUGGCAACAGUGGUCCCAGCCCUUGUUGACCGACUGGGCGACUCCAAAGACCAGGUCCGGGAGCAGGCUCAAGCGGUCAUUCUCAAGCUCAUGGAGCAGACUGCACCAGUCAUGUACGUGUGGGAGCGGCUCAUUCCCGGCUUCAAACACAAGAACUUCCGCAGCCGUGAAGGAGUGUGCCUUUGCCUCACUGCCACGCUUAACACGUAUGGGCCACAGCCUUUGUCCCUCAGCAAAAUUGUUCCAUUUCUCUGCACGUUGACUGGUGACUCCAACGGUCAGGUUCGAGAAACUGCUACAACAACUCUUGUGGAUGUGUAUCGGUAUGUAGGGGAGAGGGUGAGAGCUGACCUGGGAAAAAGGGACCUGCCGAGCGCACGGCUGCAGACAAUAUACAGCAAGUUUGAUGAGGCGCUGAACUCGGGAAACAUGGCCCUUAGCCUCAAUCCAGACAAAAGCUUUGAGGAUGACGAGUCCGUGGAUGGAAGCCGACCCUCUUCCUCGCAGUCCGCUUUUAAGGUUCCCACCACCAAGAAGCCGAGCAACCCUGGCAACAGCAGCCGACGGCCGAGCGCAACGGGGGCCUCCAAAAUCGGAGGUCAGCCUAAAGAAGGAGCUGGGGGUAUCGAUGAGGAAGAUUUCAUCAAAGCCUUUACAGAUGUCCCCACUGUCCAGAUCUAUUCUACUCGAGACCUAGAGGACAACCUGAACAAGAUCCGUGAGGUGCUGUCUGAUGACAAACAUGACUGGGAUCAGAGGGCCAUUGCGCUGAAGAAAGUGCGGUCACUGCUGAUAGCCGGAGCAGCAGACUAUGACUGCUUCUAUCAACACCUGCGUUUGCUGGACGGGGCCUUCAAGCUGUCAGCCAAGGACCUGCGCUCCCAAGUUGUGCGGGAGGCCUGCAUCACUGUGGCCCACCUCUCCACCGUCCUGGGCAACAAGUUUGAUCACGGUGCAGAAGCCAUUGUGCCUAUCCUGUUCAACCUGAUUCCCAACUGUGCCAAGGUGAUGGCCACUUCGGGAGUGUCGGCCAUCCGUUUCAUUAUCCGGCAUACCCACGUUCCCCGGCUGAUUCCCCUCAUCACCAGCAACUGCACCUCUAAAUCUGUGGCAGUGAGGAGGCGUUGUUACGACUUCCUGGACCUUCUGCUUCAGGAAUGGCAGACCCAUUCCCUAGAACGACACAUUGCUGUUUUGGUGGAGAGUAUAAAGAAGGGAAUUCGAGAUGCGGAUGCUGAAGCCAGAGUGGAAGCCCGCAAAGCGUACUGGGGUCUGCGGAACCACUUCCCUGGUGAGGCUGAUGCCCUUUACAACUCUCUGGAGACCUCGUACCAGCGCAACCUGCAGUCCUGUCUGCGCAGCUCGGGCAGCGUGGCGUCAUUACCCCAAUCCGACCGCUCCUCCUCCAGCUCCCAAGAGAGCCUGAACCGCCCUCUCUCUUCCAAGUGGUCUGCCGCACCAGGGAGAGUUCCUGCCAGUGCUAAACCCGUAGGUUCCUCUGGGUCUCUGCAGCGUUCCCGCAGUGACAUUGAUGUUAAUGCAGCCGCUGGCGCCAAGGCGCGUCAUGGCGGGAAGACAGGGGGCACUGGCCGGCUGGCCCCGUCAAACCGCCCCACGGGCUCCUACAGUUCUUUGGAUGAAGGGUCUGAUAAGGCAGAUGGGUCCAUGUCAGACGAUGGCCGACUGCGGACCAAGCAGGCCCUCAGCACGGUGCCUGGAGGUGCGGGCAGCAGCCAAGUGGACUCUCGCGGACGGAGCCGGUCCAAGAUGGUCUCCCAAUCACAGCGUUCUGAAGAUUCCGAUUGCACGCCAGCGGGCAGCAGGUCUGGUUCUCCGGGCAGGGUUCUGACCAGCACGGCUCUAAGCACACUGAACUCGGCCGCCCAGCGGGGUCUGGCAGGGCCCGGGUCAUCCUACCGGCGGAGCCGAAUCCCCCGGAGCCAGGGCUGCAGCCGGGACUCCAGCCCCACCCGACUCUCCGUAGCACCAUCAAGCCACAGUCAAAUCUACAAUGGUGGGAGCAGAGGAGCACGGGGAAGCCGGAUUCCCCGGCCUAGUAUGAGUCAGGGCUGCAGCCGAGAAGCCAGCCGAGAGAGCAGCAGGGACACGAGCCCUGUGCGCUCCUUCCAGCCGCUCGCUACGCGCCACCACUCCAGGUCCACUGGGACCCUCCACACCCCCGAUGCCUUCGGGGCGGCAGGGUACGGCAUCAGCCAGUCCAGCAGGCUCUCGUCUUCAGUCAGCGCCAUGCGGGUCCUCAACACUGGCUCCGAUGUGGAGGAGGCCCUAGCCGACGCCCUGCUGUUAGGAGACAUGAGGAGCAAGAAAAAGCCAGCGAGGAGGCGGUACGAGACUUACGGGAUGUACUCGGAUGACGACGCCAACAGCGAUGCGUCGAGCGCCUGCUCUGAGCGCUCGUACAGCUCGCGCAACGGCAGCAUCCCCACCUACAUGCGCCAGACCGAGGACGUGGCCGAGGUGCUCAACCGCUGCGCCAGCUCCAACUGGUCCGAGAGGAAGGAGGGCCUGAUCGGGCUGCAGAGCCUGCUGAAGAACCAGAGGACUCUCAGUCGUGUGGAGUUGAAGAGGCUCUGCGAGAUCUUCACCAGGAUGUUUGCAGACCCACACAGCAAGCUAGAAGUUGUGAAGGGGCAUCUCACGGGCCGGGUGUUUGGCUCGGCAGAAUCCGGUAUAAGCUCAGCCACGUUUAAGAGAGUGUUCAGCAUGUUCCUGGAGACGUUGGUGGACUUCAUCGUGGUACACAAGGAUGACCUGCAGGACUGGCUGUUUGUUCUGCUCACCCAGCUGUUGAAGAAGAUGGGCGCUGACCUGCUAGGCUCUGUACAGGCCAAGGUCCAAAAGGCCCUCGAUGUCACCAGGGAGUCCUUCCCCAAUGACCUACAGUUCACCAUCCUCAUGAGAUUCACUGUGGACCAGACACAGACACCCAGUCUCAAGGUGAAAGUGGCCAUACUCAAGUACAUUGAGACUUUGGCCAUGCAGAUGGAUGCUCCGGACUUUGUCAACUCUAGUGAAACCCGCCUGGCCGUCUCACGCAUCAUCACGUGGACCACUGAGCCCAAAAGCGCUGAUGUCCGGAAGGCUGCCCAGGCGGUACUGAUUGCCCUCUUUCAGCUCAACACCCCAGAGUUCACAAUGUUACUCGGGGCGCUACCAAAAACCUUCCAGGAUGGAGCCACCAAACUUUUACAGAAUCACCUGCGUCACAGCAGCAACCCUUCACUGACUCCCACAGGCAGCCCUCUCACUCGUCACACACCCCGCUCUCCCGCCAGCUGGUCCAGUCCCCUCACCUCCCCCACCAACACCUCGCAAAACACCCCCUCACCAAGUGCGUUUGACUACGACACAGAGAACAUGAAUUCUGAGGACAUCUACAGCUCACUGCGGGGGAUGACAGAGGCCAUCCAGAGCUUCAGCGUGCGCAGCCAGGAGGACAUGAACGAGCCUGUGUCUCGCGAUGCCAAGAAGGACGGGGAUAGUGAGGCGGGUGGAGUAGGUAGCAGUAGUGUGGACACCCUGGAUGCUGGACGCACGGCACUGGACAAUAAGACAUCACUCCUCAACACCAUGCCCCUGCUACACUCCAGCCCUCGAGGCUCCCGUGACUACAACCCUCUCAACUACUCCGACUCCUUCAAUAAGUCUGCCCUGAAAGAGGCCAUCUUUGAUGACGACACAGAGCAGUUCCCUGAAGGCAGUAACCAGUCGGAGUUGGUGGCAGAACUUCUGAAGGAGCUGUCCAAUCACAAUGAGCGGGUGGAGGAAAGGAAGGCAGCCCUGUCUGAGCUGCAGAAAUUGAUCCGGGAAAACCAGCUGGUGGUGUGGGAUGAGCACUUCAAAACCAUCCUGCUGCUUCUGCUGGAGACACUGGGCGACCGUGAACAUGUGAUCAGAGCCAUGGCUUUGCGAGUGCUGAAGGAGAUCCUGAAUCGGCAGCCUGGGCGCUUCAAGAACUAUGCUGAGCUGACCAUAAUGAAGGCCCUGGAGGCACACAAAGACCCCCACAAGGAGGUGGUGCGAGCAGCAGAAGAAGCGGCGGCCAUGCUCGCCACGUCCAUCAGCCCAGACCAGUGCAUCAAAGUGCUUUGCCCCAUCAUCCAGACGGCCGACUACCCCAUCAACCUGGCCGCCAUAAAGAUGCAGACCAGGGUCAUUGACCGCGUUCCCAAGGACGGCUUGAACCAGCUUUUGCCAGAGAUUGUUCCCGGACUCAUACAGGGGUAUGAUAACUCGGAGAGCAGCGUGAGGAAGGCUUGUGUGUUCUGCCUGGUGGCCAUUUACGCAGUCAUAGGGGAGGACCUGAAACCUCACCUCAGCCAGUUGUCCGGCAGCAAGUUGAAGUUACUGAAUCUGUACAUCAAGCGGGCGCAGUCAGGCUCAGGAGGCAGUGAUCCCACGGCAGACAUCUCAGGCCAGGGCUUGUAAAGCAGGAACAAGAGGAGACUCCUCCCCACCGACCACCAUGCAUGCUACCCGCAGUGCCACUCUAUUGGGACUUUGGAGGGGUCCGUAGGGCUAGCCCCGCUAUAACAUGGAGAAUAUCGCUAAUGGCCUCACUCACCCAUCCACCAUCAGUGUUACAGAUCAAAUGUUCUUUUGUUUUGGUUAAAUGAAAACUAAUUUAUGCUUAACUUUACACUACCACAAAAAUGAGAUUCAGAUGCAACACAGCAAAACAAUACUUUUGUUUUCUCUUAACUGUACUGCAACAUGUAAACUUAGAAUAAUUGAAGUAAAUACUAAGCACCAAUUGUCAGUGACGUACUGGUUGGGACGAUGUGGUCACUGACUGUUAUUUUCGUGCUACUAGUAUGGUAACAUGUAUCAACCAUUGUUGUUGAUGACCAUUUACAAUGUUAAUGGAACAAAUGUGCUACCAUAGCAAGUUUUUUGCCACCAUGACUACUCCAGGCAUUAAAUGUGGUGGUUAAGCCUGUAUAUAUGGAUUGCAAAGCUUUUAAUUCCAAAGUGGAGUUGUUUUUAUUCAUGGAUACAGCACACCUUCAACAAAUGAGUUUAUUAAAGACUGAAAUAUUUUUUCUUUCUCAAAAAGAGGUUCACACAAUGUGUUAUGGAAAAUUAGUUGUUUUCUGUCAUUUUGGAAUGUUGAUGUCCCUGAUGGUUUUGUCUUUAAUUUGUCUUUUAAAAACUUUCUGGAUUUUACAUCAAUCAAUGUCAUCUUCUGAUUCCUGAAUACACAACACUUGAAGUAGUCCAGGAUCUUCCAUGGCAGUGUGGGUUAGACCACAAAGAGCCAGGCUGUUCCUCUGCUGGGCCAAAAAAGUGUGAUAUUUUAUUGUGUAAAGUCUUCAUUACUCAUCAUUCACCAGUUCACCUCACUUGUGGCCUAUUUGCUGUGCAGUAGACUGCAUUUAAUGUGUACCCAGCUUUCACAUCUCACAGGUCCUUUGGUUGAUAAAAUGAUGGAACAACAUAGUGAAACACACUAUAUUGGAUGCAUGCACCUCAACUAUGUUUGCCCAUGUUGAAGUCAUCCUACCCACAGAAACCAAUGUAUUCAGUGUGCAUCUCGGAAUUUAUAGAAGUUAUUGACAGAUAUUACUAAUGUUGUUUUGGGCUUUUUACCCCUUAUACGUGCUUGGGGAAAUACAUAAUAUGUUUUUGAAGGAAAAUUGUGGGCAUGUUGUCUUCACUGUCCCAUUAAAAUUGUAAUUUGGUCAAGGUGUGCCAGAUUUUUAUUUAGCCUGCAAUUCCCUGUCUCAUAGGAGUGAAAGGAUCUCAAAACUGUAACUCUUCAUUAUUUUUGCAUGGGCAGAGGUUGGGGCCAGAGGCAGCAAGGCAGUGUCCAUUUCUGUCGAUGGUGAGCAGUCUCCAUGGUUCUGCAUGUGUGUGUGUCACUUGGGUGACUAUGAGCAACUGCCCUGGAUCUGUGGCCCAACUGCACUCCCACCCCCAGGUUUGGAAGUUAAAAAAGGCUCCAGCCUGUUCCAUGUCAUGGUGGUACAACUAGGAAUUUGUACUGGUCUGACCAUUUGUUUGCUGUAACCAGAUUUAAGUGGAAGUGGAUAGACGCUGUUAAAGCCACAGAGGUAUCAAGGUCCAUAAAUUCAAAUGUCUGGGUGGGGGAAUGGGGGUGGGGUGGAGAAGGUCUGUGUGCACAACUCCCGUUAAGUGGACAUGAUCUUCCAGCUUGAUCCGAUUGGCCGUUGUGUGACAUGACCUGCUGGCUGAGGUGUCCUGCAGCUCCAUGUCACGACAACUGCAGGUUAGAUUGGUGAGGCCUCUACGUGCUGUCAUUUAUGCAUAUGACAUUAAUUAAAAGGUCAGUGUGGGGAAUUUCACCUGUCCUGGAAGUGAAAGGGACUGCAUUGAUCUUGUUUCCAGCAUUGAUCUUUCAUUGCAAAACUAGAUUAAUUUUUCUUCAUUGGAAAAUUUGUAGAAAUGUAUUUACAGACUUGAAUGGCGAAGCACUGUCAGUGUCACCAUUUCCCCUGUAAUAGUGUCCAAUCUUUCCCCUUGUGAGCGUAACAUUCAAGUUCUCACUGUUCUGUUACUCUGUCUAUUUAUAGAGCUGUGCUUACAGUUGUGCAUAUACCUGCAAUAAAAUGUACAGAACAUUA